UCACAACAUUCGCUAAAGCGCCUUCCGUAUACUCUACCUGAUAAUCUCUGCAAGUCUUGUACAAACUCUUCCACGAAUUCCGCUCUCCGGACUUUGCGACAAACUUCUACUCCACACAAAUCACACGACCCACACAACAAACCGCCAACAUGUUCCCCGCCGACUGUCUACCAUCCAACUACGUAGAAGCCCGCACACAGCAAGAAAAGGCACAAGCGCAAAAAGCAGCCGCAGACAAGAAGCCCACACAUCUCGCUCAACCCACGCCACAACGACCCACCGUAUCACGCGCUCUGUCGUCUGCCCUGUUCAGUUUCUUCCCUUCUGCUGGCUUGUCGGCGUCGACAUCGCCGUCGGCUACACCUAUGCCAUCGCCUGGCUUGCAACAGUCGGGCAAGAUGUCGUGGUUUGCUCCUUUGCCAAAGGCUUCAGAGUCGGAUAUUGCUUGUCUUCCUCCUGCUUGGUCUUGAAUGGCAGAUAAUUAUCCUACUUUAUGAAUAAGGGGGUGCCGCUGCAAAUGACGUUUGCACCGAGCCCCUCAUGAAACUUUCCUUUUACGGCGAUGAAGAUGUUGCAGAACAUUCAUCGGCCGACGACUUUUUCCUCAAAA